AUGCGUGUUGGUGCCGGAGUCGGCUGUGGGGUUGGCUGUGGGGUUGGACUCUUGGAAGGAGAACUUGUCGGCACCUUUGAUGGUGAUGAGGAAGGAUUUGAACUUGGAUUGUCGGAAGGCGAGUCGGAUGGCACAUCGGAUGGCACAUCUGAAGGUGUCUCCGAUGGGACGAAUGAUGGAAUCAUGGACGGAAGCGUCGAAGGGACAAAGGAUGGAAUCAUGGAAGGAAGCGUCGACGGGACAAAAGAUGGAA